CUCGGGGUAGUACUAAUAGAGUUACAAGUCCAAACCAGCACAAACCAAUUGUACAUACGGGGUAAAGUCGAUAACCCACUGAUUAGGUCUUUAGCCAUCACAAGCGGGGCAGGCAGUGAGUGGUUGGCUGAUGUCGGCCGUCGAUGACGAGAGCGUCGUCCAGGUGACAUCAUAUCUUCUUCAAUAUAUAAUUGUUGGUAUUGAUGAAAUACCGUGAGGGAACAGAGGCAUACACAUGAUCUGGUCUGAUAUUUGUCGCGUUGGUUGUCGUUAAUUAUCAAGCAAAAAGACCAGAGUUUCGGUGCUCAGCAGCCUGAUAAUGCCUCUAUUGCAUCUCUCCCAAGGACAUUUCUCUCUGCAAAUGUAACGAAACAUAAUUAACGGUCGCAUCAGCACCGCCAGAAAAUGGCCGCCAGGCUCGUCUCCCAUCCGGCCCCGAAGCCGCACUCGAUCUACGAGUACGCCGGGCUCGCGAGACCGCCCCAUCUCGGCCGUCUCGAGAGGGCCACGCACAAGAGCGGCGUGGUCGAGUCGCUCAGCAUCGGCGUCGACGACGAGGACGACGGGUACGUCCCUGGCUUCUUGCACCUCCCGCCCGACAUUUUCACCACCGACGCUCCGCCGCCCUCCGCCGCUGCUGUUUCGACCAAGUCAUCCGACCAAGAAGAAGAAGGAGGAGGAGGAGGAGGAGGACCGGGAGCCCCGACGGCCGAGCAGACGAGCCAACAACAAGAACAACAACAACAGGAACAGCAGCAGCAGCAGCAUUAUCAGCGGCCGGCCACCGCGCAGCCGCCGCACCACCACCGCACGGCCGCGAUCCUGCUGUCGGGGGCGGGAGGCGGGGUGACGGGGCCGAGCUCGAUGUACCUGUCGCUGGCGUGCAAGCUGGCGACGCUGGGGCGGGGGAUCCCGACGCUGCGGCUGGACUACCGGGCGGCCGGGCGGCGGGAAUCGUGCGCGGCCGACGCGCGCGCCGGCAUGGCCUACCUGCGGGACCUGUACGGGCUCGACCGGUUCGUGCUGGUGGGCUGGUCGCUCGGGGGCGCCGUCGCCCUCUCGGCCGCCGCCGACGACCCGCGCGUGGUCGGUUGCGCCGCCGUGGCCAGCCAGAUGCCGCUGCCGGUGCCGCUGCCCGGUACCGAGGGCGAGGGUACCCUCGCCCUCGACCUCGCCCUCACCGACGCCGACGCCGAUGCCGUCGCCGCCUGCCUGCCGCCCCGACCGCUGCUGUUGCUGCACGGCAGCGACGACAGCACGGUCGGGGUCGAGUGCUCGCGGCGCCUAUUCGACGCAUACGGGACCCGAGACGGGGCCGGGGCGGGCGACCGGGCGCUCGAGAUCUUCGAGGGCGACAACCACGCGCUGAGUGGCAACGCGGAGCGCGCCGAGGAGCUGCUGUGCGAGUUCGUCGCCCGGUGCGCCGGCGUCCGCGUCGGCCCGCGCGAGAGGGAGGACGUGGUGGCGGCCGAGCUGGUCGAGGGCGGGGAGCGCCACGCGCUCAUGGAGCGGGGAGGGGAUCUCCGGCAGCCGGAGCGCGAGGACUAAUUAUUAUUAAUAAUCC